UAAAAAUUGAUUGGGCAAGUAUUUUGCACGAAAAAGAAAUCGAUAUGAAUCUAAUAAUGGAAGAAGAUUAAUAAAAACAAUUUAAUUUAUUCGAUAAAUUCAUAUCGCUACGAGACGAAAUGUUAUUCGAUAUAUUUCAUGCUGUAAACAUUGAUUUAUCAAUCGUGUACUAUUUUGAAUGAUUCAACGCGAAUCGUCGUCGAGAUUUUUGCUUUGUUUGUUUGUGAAAGGUUAUAAAAGAUUUCGAUAAGAAGAAAAUAUAUAUAUAUAUAUAUACGAAGAUGAUAAAAGUUUAAAUAUAACAUAAAAAUAAAUUAUAUAUCGAUACGUGUGUAAUAAUAUGUUUAUCGAUUAGUCAUGCUAAAGUCAUGAUCGAUUUUGAAAAAAUCAAAUCUCGUGCAUUAUCGUCUUCGGAAAUUUACCGUAACGUCAAUAACACGUAUGUAGUUGCAAUAAGAAUUAAAAUUGAAUAACCCUUUCUUCGGAGAUUGCACACCACGUCAGGAAAGUUCAUUCAAGAUGCCAGAACAAAAUUCGAGUGAUCAAUAUUCAACAUUGGUUGGUUUGAUUUACAUUUUUAAUCUCAUCGUUGGAACUGGAGCUUUAACUCUUCCAGCUGUUUUUAGUCGAGCAGGAUGGGUUCUUGGUUUCAGUGUGAUUUUAAUAUUAGCAUUUAUAAGUUUUAUGACAGUGACAUUUGUUAUUGAAGUAAUGGCAUCAGCCAAUGCAAUUGUAACCUGGAGACAAAUUCAACACCGUAAACGUGCAAUGCAAACAUUAGGCGACUCCUGUCCCUCAAAUUCAGAUUCUGAAGAUACACCAUUAGUUACCGUUCACACAGCCAGUCCAGAUAAAUCGGAUACAACCUAUCGGUAUUACAUAAUUCAUGAUAAAAUAGAAAUGGGACAAAUAGCAUCAAUUUUUUUCAAUAAGUUUGGCACCACAUUGUUUUAUUUAUGUCUUGCCAUUUAUUUAUAUGGCGAUUUAAGUAUUUAUGGUGCAGCUGUAGCUAAAUCGGUAGCAGACAUUGCUUGUACUUAUCAACCACAAAACUUAACCUGUAAUGAUACUAUACCGGAUAAUGAAGUUUGUUGGGAAGGUUCUACUUUGGAUAGAUUGUCUGCGUAUAGAAUGUUUCUUACGACUUUUAUUUUUAUGCUGGGACCUUUUGUAUUCUUCAACAUACAGAAGACCAAGUAUCUACAAUUAUUAACAUCAGCGAUGAGAUGGCUUGCAUUUACUAUCAUGAUCGUGUAUGCAGUUAGAAAACUUAUUAUUAAUGGUCCACGAGGUAACCCACCGCUUGCAGAUGUAACAGGAAUUCCUAGUCUAUUUGGUGCUUGCGUAUAUUCUUUUAUGUGUCAUCAUUCUUUACCCGCAUUGGUAGCUCCAAUUGCAAACAAAUCUACGCUUAAUCGAUCUCUCGCAUUGGAUUACGUAUUGAUAGCAUUUUUUUAUCUUUUACUUGCACUGACCGGUGCAUUUGCUUUUGAACAUCUCGACGAUCUUUACACAUUGGAUUUUGGACCACGCGGAUCUGGCGAUUGUUCAAAAAGUUCUAACAUCUUUAUGCUAAUCAUUGAAUAUUUUUUAGCAUUAUUUCCCGUGUUCACAUUGAGCACGAGUUUUCCAAUCAUCGCUAUUACACUUAGAAAUAAUUUACAAUCUUUAUUUUUAUACGACGAUACUUCUUAUAAUUUUUGUCUGAGAAAAUUAAUAUUUCCAAUAUUAGCGAUAUUACCGCCAUAUUUGAUUGCUAUGAGCACCAAAGAUCUUUCUAAAUUAGUUGGCAUAACAGGAUCUUAUGCGGGUACUUGUAUUCAAUAUUUAAUUCCAACCUUUUUGGUUUAUUAUGCUAGAAAAAAAACAAAUAAAAUUAUUGGUCUUGGUGUAAUAAAUAAAUUUGCUAGUCCCUUUGCCAGCAAUUUUUGGUUAAUCUUUGUAACAGUUUGGGCAAUUGCUUGCAUGAUUUUAGUAUCGGUUAAUUUCAUACAAAUUUAUUUUCAAAAAGCGUUUAUUAAAUAGUAGCAUGUAAAUUGUCAAUACAAAUUGUGCAUAUUACAGAUCCGAGUGAUCAAUAUGUACAAUAAAUGAUUGAAUAUCAAGUAUACCGUUUGUGUACGUGAAAUAAUGAAAAAAAAAAAAGAGAAAAAUUAUUCCAUUUUGGUAUCGCAAUAUUUCAUGGGCAUAAGUUCCUAAAUACACAGGAACCAGUCAAAUUAAUGAUAGAUAAUAAUUAGUAAUUUAAGAAAGACGUGAAAUUAUAUGACAGUGUUAUCAGAGAUGAUGGAUUAAUAUUAUUGUACUUAAAACGAAUGAUAUGAGGACUAAUUGAUAAAAGAAAUCAUCCUGCAUUUCUUUAAACCAUUUGAAUUAUCCAAGUAUUUUUUAAUUAGAAAAAAAAGAAAAAAAAACAAAUGUCCAAUCAUUUCAUUAUUUAUUAUUUCAUAUAUUGUUUCAAUAAAGUGAAGUAUUUUUAUUAAUUAAAUAAACAUUUGAAAUCAUUCCAAUGUUGGUAUUCAAAUGGUUAAUGCAAAGAAGUCUGAUCAGCAGGUUUAUGACACUGAGCAGCAGGUGGUUUGCAAAUGUGUCGCAUUAAAUAAUAAAAAAAAAAAAAAAAAAAACAAAGAAAACUUGACAAUACUCUUGCACAAGUCAGGAUCGACGUUGUACAAGCCAAAUCUGAUAAAU